UGUUACGAAGUACAGUGCGUGAUGUUACGGUGACUGACAUUAGCUUAAUGUUUGUCUGUGUGAAGUAAUUUUGUUUCGGUCAGAUGCAAUGUGGCUGAUCAUCUGAGUGUACAGAUUUUCGAUUUAAUAUUCAUUUUUUAAUAUCAGGGUAACUGUAAAGUGAAUUUAAAUGGGUUUGUCAUUAAAUUCGAGAUCUUUUGUGCUAUUUGUUUUAACGCUGAAAUUAUCAAAUGAACGUUUUAUACUUUUCUUAUUUUAAAUAAUUAAAUUAAACAUUUGUUAAAGCACCUUUCUUGAAAUAUGUGUUGACUUUUGUCAGGAUAAAGGAUUAUCGUGUAUAUUAAUCUUAUGUUUCUAGCGGAGUUACGUGGUGUUUCAUGCUUGUGACGAGACCCAUUAUGAUGAAUUCAUGCUUCACGCUUCGUAAAUUUGUGAUAGGCCAUUUGAACAACGAUGAAAACGUUGAUUAUGGUAUAUUAUUGUAACCGUGGGUGAUGUUCUCAAACGUAAACGAAGUUACGUCAACGGUCAUGGCUGUGAAAGAAUGGUUCAGAAGAUUGCAGCCGGUCCAGUUGUACCUAGUCCUGUUCUUUACAACUGCCUUCUUCGUCGUCGAGAUUGUUGCCAGCCAUGUCACUCACUCACUGACAUUACUUCUCAAUGCCUAUCACAUGCUGUGUAAUAUCAUUGCACUUGCCGGCUGCAUCGCGUCGAUCAAGUAUAGCCGUCGUCAAAGUGGAAGCAGUUACAGUGGAAACAGUAUUUGCAGUUCAGUACAUAAUUCCUCCAUUUGUAUAAAUGGCGAAGAACGAGGUUCCUCGACAUCUUUGUCGACAAAGACUAAGCAAUCACGAUCGGAUAGAAGAAUGAAGAAUACUUUUGGCUGGGCCAGGAUAGAUAUCGUUACAAUGUUAAUCUGCUGUGUUUUGCUGGCGUCAUUUUGUUUUUCGUUGCUGGUGGAAGCUUUGCAGACUCUGGUACACAUUGAUCAUCUGGACGAAAUGCAUCAUCCGAUGCCGGUUUUAGCGAUCGGUGCAUCUGGCAUUCUUUUGAACGCCUUUUGUUACAUACUAAUCGGAGGAUACACCUUUAAUCAGGGAAUUGUUUUACAUGUUACCAUGAACGGAGACGUCAUUCUACGGAGAAAUGUUAGCUCGCAGCAAACAAAGGAAGGUGAACAGCAGUUAUCAACGCAAACCAGAAGAAGUCCAUUGGGAAUACCAAAGAGUCAGGGUUUUCGGGAAACUUGCCGUGACGUACUAGGCUGCAUUUUCGUAAUUCUGGUAUCCAUUUUGGUGUAUUUCACUGACUCGAAUGUAGCCAAGUACAUAGAUCCACUUUUCGCCAUUAUUUCUUCGAUUUCUCUCUUCGUCCUCAGCUAUCCAUAUAUGAAGGAAUCUGGCUUAAUUCUGCUUCAAACAAUACCAAAUCACAUAAACAUUGAUUCUCUAAAAAGGGAAUUAUUGGAGGCAUUCCCGGGCAUAGUAAACGUCCACGAUUUGCACGUAUGGCAGCUAACAGGACAGAAGAUAAUAUCUACUGUGCACAUAAUAUUUUUGGACCCAAUGGUUUAUGCUAGUAUUACUGAUCAGGUGACUGCUUUCUUUAUAGAGAUGGGUAUAACUCAAGUUACUAUACAACCAGAGUUCCAUAAAAUAAAGCCAAAUACGACAAGAACCGGUUGUCUGAUUCGGUGUCACGGCGAACGCUGCAGCUCCUCACAAUGUUGUUCUAAAGAGAAGUUCAUCGAGGACUCUGAUGUAACCAUUAAAAUGCAAGGACAAUCUAUAAACAAGAAGCUUGAGAAGAAAGAAAUUGUACCAUCUUCAUCGUCGAUCGACUUGAAGAAAUUCAUCGUUCACGAUAAAGAGUGCAUUUCGCAACCUCAUUUGUCUAGGGAUAUUUCGACCCGCAAUCGAACGAACGACGGUCGAACACAAAAUGUCAACGAUGUUAUUGACGAUAGUUCCUGUACGAUAAAUAUAGAUAUCAGUGAUAGACAAUCUAGUGGAAUUCCUAUACAGAACGCGGCAUCUUAACAUUUGGUUUAAACAAUUUAUGACUAGCUUUUUACUCGCGAACAAAAUAUUUUUUAAUUGUUCGAAGGGAUAUGUGGUGCUGUUGGGAAGACUGGGCUUUUUUUUUAGGAAGAAUGACGAUGUUUGUUGAGAGUUUGAAAGUUGGAAAAUUUAGAAAUUGGGGUAAUUGGGAAUCGGAGGAAUAGGGAAUUAAGGAGAUGGGGAAUUUGGGGAUUGAGGAAAUAAGGAAUUGGAGAAAUAGGAAAUUGGGAAAUUUGGGGAUUGAAAAAACAGGGGAUCUGAGAAUUGAGAAUUGAG